AUGGCUUCUCUUGAUGAUUCCGAUACUUGGACCAUAUCGGAUCUUUCAUCAUCCCAUGGAGGAGGUUCCUUAAGAAAUUCUAUCAACGUUAUUGAUAAGAGACAAAAAAUCCAAAAACCUAUUUAUUCACCAAUUUCUUCAAUAGAUUCACAGUCGGAUAAUGACGAAUUUCAAAAACCAAUCAAACCAUUCCUAAAGAGAACUAGUGGAGGAUAUACGGCAGCCAACCCUAUCCAAAAUGUAGAAAAUAAUGUCCCUAAUGAUACAGAGAAACCAACUGUUUCUGAUGUACAAAUAAUCAAAAACACACCACCACAAAAUAUUAUUCCUCUUCCAUCACAUCCCAAAGUCAAAUUUGAGCAAGAGGAUGAAACAACUAAGGUUACGGAUGAUCUUGUUCCUGUUAUCGGACCAGAUCUAUAUUCAUUAGCAAAAUCUGGAGUACAAAAUUUAGCAAUUUCUCAAAAUUUAAGAGGAUAUGAAAUUGCACCUCCAAAAGUAACCACUCAUAUGGAUUUUACGGAAUAUAUGAAAUUUCAUAGGAAAAGAGAUUAUGGAAUGAUAAGCGAUUUACCAAAAUCAAAAAAAGUUGAAGAGGAAAAAAAGGAUUUAAAGAUACCAGAAGCCCUUUAUACUUAUAUGGCCAAAGCCUCUCCUCAAAAAAAGGAUAUUGAGCAAGAACCUCCAAAAAAAGACUCACAAAGGAAUAUCAAAUUUCCGAAACAAGAAAUCAAUCAAAACAAACAAAGAAAAAGAGAAGAUCUACCCGAAAAAUCAAAAGUGGUUGGAAGAAGAUUGGAUAAUAAUGUAAAUUUAAAAAAGCAAGAAGAAAUUCAAGAGCCUCUAAGGGAAUACGCUGUCAAGAUUGAAGAGAAUAGACCACUCGAUAAAGAGAAUAGAAUUACUGAAAAAAAUAUUGAACGAAUUUCUUCAUUCAGAAAUGAAAUUGAAAAUGCAGUUAAGGAGAGUGAGUUGAAACUCUCCUCAUUCCAAAAAAUGUUGGAAAAACUGUUACAACAAAAAGAAAAGGAGUAUGACAAUAUUCUUGUAAAAACUGCUAGUCAAGUCACUAACACUGUAAACAAUUCAAUGACACGGAUGGGAUUAGAUUUAAAAACAUUUUACAAACAAUUUGACAAAUUGCAGAAGGUCACAUCGGAUAUUACUUCUAGAUUUGGGAAACAGUUAAGUGAAGAUCAAAAGAAAUCUCAAACGCUCAUGUCCAAGCAAAUGAAACAAAUUGAAGAUCUAGGUAAAAAGCUUGAAAUGAUUGAAAAGAAGACUUCACAACUUAAAAAUGACUCUAAAAGGGAUUUUAAGGUUUUUACAGGUACUUCGAGAACCCACAGACAAACAAGAAGACCCUUGUUUGAUUUAGAUUCCAAAACAGCUGAGCUAACAAUAGAUGAUAUCCAUAAUGAAGUGUCAAAAAAACAUCCAUCCAUUUUCAAAUAUCCAUCUUGGGAUGAUAGCUCGCCAAUGGAUAAUUUAGACUUUUACCAAAACGAGCAAAAAUAUUUAAUUGAUGAACUAGUUGGAAAAUCUAUAGAUUUCUCGAAGAACUUGAAUCUCGACACUGUUUUAAUUGAGCAACCAAAAUUUUCAAUUUCAAUAGAUGAAAAGGUUAAAAUUGAAAACCUUCCACCAAAACCAAUUGUGCUAUCAAAAACUGAUCUAUCAAGCAAAGAAAUUUUAAAGUUGUAUCCAGGAUUUUCUGAGAGUUUACUAAAAUUCUCAGUAAUGAACAAAAAGACUGUAAAACCCCAAAACUUAAAGGAGAUGACACCAGAAACAAGAAUUCAUGAGCAAACCGCUGAGCCUACAGCACCUACGCCAAAAAUGGAGGCCCAAUCUGUUCAAACGGAAGUUCCUAAAGAUGUUUCUCUUCACGAGGUUGAAAUACAAACGGAAUUACCUUCUACUGAUAAUUCCACAAUAAGUGUACCACCUUCCAACGCUCAAAUUUCAUUGGAGGAAAAGAUUGAAAGUUACAAUGCGAGCUGGACAACAAAGGACAGUUCAGCAAUGUCCUUUCAAAAUGGUAUUGAUGUGAAAGUUGAAAAAGAACUAUCUAGGUUUGAAAAGGAAAGAUUAAUUAGAGAAAUGCUUCCAAAGAAAUCUUCUCAUCAAAUUCCAAAACUUAAUGAGUGCGAAGAUUUUGAUGGUAUUUGUUUUACAUCUCAUUAUUCUAACAGAUUAAUCAAAACAGAUGAAAAAAGUCAACAUUAUUUGUCAAAUUAUGUUAAAAAGCAAAAGAAUAUGGAUUUAAUCUUUGAAGAAUAUGCUAAUUGUUUGAUAGAAAGAGUAAUUAAGCAUAUUUCCAUGAACAUUAUUGGAGAUUAUUUGAACAGUUCAUUAGGCCAACAAGAUUCAGGAGAAGAUUUACAUGUAACAAAUGAUGAAAGGUUUAUGUCCAUUAAAGGAGGGGCAUUGUGUGCAGAACUAUUUUCAUUUUGCUAUAAUAAUGAUUUAUCCUGUGAUGAUGAAAUUAUAUACAAUAUAACAGAGGACCUUUUAAUUGAAUAUAUCAAAUCAAAGCAACCAAUAUUUGACUUACACAAUUCAGUGCGUGAACUUACUGAGAUUGAUUAUGAUGAAUUUGAUUUGGAGAAAAUUUAUGAACUUGUGUUUAGACUCUUAUUGAAUGAUCGAUCAUUAGUGAAAAACAGAAUUAUUGAUGACGGAUGUAAAGAAAUUGAGUUUAUUCCUCACAAAGCCAAUAUUUCCAAAGACAAGGAAAUUAUUUUACCAAAGGAAAAGGAAUUGAAAAUUGUGGAAACUGCUAAAAUUACUUCACUUGGAACCACUGAAACACAAACAGAGGAGGAGCAUUUGGAUAAAAUACCCACAACUCCUAUCAUUGAAGAUUUUCAACCAAAACUGGGAUUACCCCAUUCCACGUUCUUUAUUCUCUCUGAUAAUAUGUCAGAGGCUAUAACUCCAAUUUCAAUAACAACAGAGACAAAAGCUCAACAAUAUAACAUUACAACACAAACUUUCAAUGAAAUUCCAAAAGUAGAAUCUAGCUCAGUUCAAACAAAUGAAUUUACUAAAUCCAUUUCUGGUGUACAAACUGAACCACCACCAAUAACCAUUUCAACAACAACCGAAACAAAUUCAAAGAAUUUAUUUGUACAGUAUAAUCCUUCCAGUUUCUUUCAUAUUGCUCCACAAUUACCAAAGCAAACCCAAUCACAGAAUAUUCAAACUAGUUUUACAACCACUACUUCUACUACCAAUCCUAAGAAAUCUACUUUGACCAAUUCUAACUAUUCUUCAUCAGAAGCUGUUACAUAUUCAGAUUCUCAAUCAUCCUUCUAUGAAGAGGAAGAGAUUAUUUACGAACCAGUUCAACCUGAACAAAAGUAUGAUUAUGUUGAAUUGAAGAGAGAUAAAGUGUUUGCAACACUUAAUGAAAACGACAUUGAAAAAAUGUUGAAACUUGAAAUGCUAAAAAGGUCAAUAACUGGCAAAGUGGUUUCAUUUAAAAUGUCCAUGUCUUCAGAUGGAACAGAUAGCGAAGAUAGCUUUCUAUCAUCUGAACAAAGCAUGUCCACUUUUUACACAUCAGAUUCAAGUAAUGGAUUCUCGUAUGUUCAGAAGAGAUAUGAGGAUAGUGAUGACUAUUUGAACAGCUCUACAUCAAGCUACAGUGAUACGCUUGGACCUUUUGAUACAUCUAAAUUCACAUCAUCAACUAUUACUGAUUCAAUAUCUGAUAAUUAUUCAACUCUUGGAAGAUAUUCUCUUAAUGAAAGUUGGAUAUGA